AUGGACCGAAACAUCCGGGAGCUUCAAAUACGCCAAGAUACUGCCGUCAUUGAAACCGUUGCCUUUUCCGUCAAAGAAGUAAGACGCUUCAUCAGUCAAAUAAAACCAGAUAAGUCUCCUGGACCCGACGGAAUUCCUGGUGUGAUACUUAGGGAGCUAUCAAAGGAGCUGGUGAAGCCUCUUUCGACGCUCUUUGAGCUGUCAAUGAGAACAGGAAGGCUGCCAUCGCAGUGGAAGACAGCUAACCUCGUUCCCUCACAUAAGGGAGCUAGCAGGAUGGCAGCAAGCUCUUUCAGGCCUAUUAGCUUAACCUGCCUCUCGUGCAAAACGAUGAAAGCUUUAGUAAAGAGUGCUGUGCAGCAAUUUUGUGAAGAAAAUAAUAUCUUACAGGAUUUCCAGCACGGCUUCCGGAGAGGACGUUCCUGCCUCUCAAAUCUGCUAGCUUGUCUGGAGAUCUGGACCAGGACCCAAGAAGAGGGUUUUGAAGUUGAUGUCGUGUACAUCGAUUUUCGCAAAGCCUUCGAUACUGUUGCGCACCAACGCCUUCUUCACAAAUUGAGCGCCAUCGGCAUCCGCGAAGAUCUUCUGAACUGGAUAGGGGCGUUUCUGGUUGGUCGGAAACAACGUGUUUGCAUCGGUGAUGACAUGUCAGAAUGGGUGAGCGUGACCAGUGGUGUGCCUCAAGGCUCAGAUCUGGGACCAUUGCUUUUCCUCCUUUAUGUAAAUGACAGCCUUCAGGAACUCGACUGUGGCAAAAUAAUGUUUGCUGACGACGUUAAGCUCUGGUAA